CAUCCAACAUCAGUACCUGACCUCACUAAUGCUCUUGUGGCUGAAUACAAUCACUCACAGCAAUGUUCCAACCUCUAGAGUAAAGCCCUUACAGAAAAGUCGAGACAAACUCCCUUUCAUUUUAGAAGAAGUGUUGGAUGAGUGUCAAUGUGUACAAACACAAGUUGGCGAUAGGGGGCGCUACUCCUUCAGUCUGUAAAAAGGCCAACUUCUACUCACAGACAUCAUCACUAGCAUAACAUUUCUGACUCAGAAAGGACCAGUGUGUCUCGGUCAGGAUGGAGGAAGACCCGGAGGCAAGUACAGAGGACAGAACGAACAGGACGAGUAAAAUGUCGAGUUUGGACAAUGGAGGCCUGUCCCACUCUACACUGGCUUAUGACAAGAAAUUUGUGUGCUCUCCGCCAGGCGUGCUUAUGUUUGCAGAAACAGUGUGUGGGCUGCUAGUGUGGACUCUUCUAGGUGGGACAGAGUAUUUGCAUGUGCCUGCACUGGGCUGGGUGAUGUUUGUAUCAGUGGUCUGCUGGGUGCUGACCGUCUGCCUCUUCCUACUGUAUCUGACCACAGCGCACACCAAGAUACCACAGGUGCCCUGGACAGUGCUUGGUUUGUGCUUCAACAGCAGUGCUGCUGUUCUUUACAUGACCGCUGCAGUGAUAAAUGCUGCUUCUGUGACUCAUGCCACUAGGGGCCGCUAUUACUACAUCAGCUGGUUGGCUUCCACGGUAUUUGCCUUCUUGGUUGUGCUUUGUUAUGCAGCAAAUGCAUUUGUGAGCUACAAAUCUUGGAGAUCAAAAAGUGAUGAUUCCUGAUCUGAAGGGUGCUUGAAAAAAUUAAACAACUAGAAUUACCAUUUAGAAGCAUCUAACUUUUAUCAUAUGAAACUUUAUAAUCCAUAUGUUUUAAUGGCCUUUUAUCAAAUGUAAAUGUUUUAGGAUGUAAUAUUUGUUUUUGUGAUCUUUUUCAGAACUGUACUCUGUUGUACUCCUCAAAGACUUUUAUAAUGUUUUGUACAGUUUGGUAGUUAUAGAAAAAACAGAUUAUUUUUUAAGUUAGCAUAGGAUGCCCCUCUAUCAUGCAUAUUUGAAUUGUUUUUUUGUAUUUAUAUUUAGUGUUUGUAAUAGUACACUGUUCUUGUAAAUAUGGUAUAUUUGUGUAUGUUGGAAGUGAAGUGUAUAUAACACUGAACUGUGCAAUAAAAAACAAAAUAUAAAUUGCAUGUAUAUUGGCUGAGUCCAUAAAGUAUUGCUAACACAAUUAUUACCUAAUGCUGUCAUCUACAGCUAAAUUUCACCAUGAAUCCUAAAUGCUAAAAUAAAAGACAUUCUUUUUUACGUUGGUUUCAAAUAACACUACACUCACACAGUACUGCACCACAGCUGAAGUGUUUAGCAGAGGGAA